CCCCCUUUUUUCAUUUUUCUCUCUCCAGAGAACUCAAAUUUUCUCUUUCCAAAGCAGCAACCACCGCGUGUAAAUGUCUUUUUCACUAGAUUCCCAGCCAGCGCGUCCCCAAAAUUCUUAUGUAUGCUUAAAAACUUUCCUCUCUAACCAAAAAAUAAAAAUCAUUUCUAUCUCACUCUCCUGCAUUUAAUAACCAAACAAACACACCAUCGCUACCAACUUUACAUUUUUACACACAUACACAUAUAUAAAUAUAUUCAAAACAUUAAAGACAUAAUAUAAACAAACAUUCAUACAUACAUAUAAUCCAAUCCAAUCCAAAUUAUAAUUAUUCAAUGCAGCCGGGGCUACCGAAACAUGAACGUCGCUGGGCGUCCGAUACGGUUCCUAGUAAACCAAUUGUCAGCACCGGAACAUCUCCAGAUUCAAACUCCGGUGAGGAGUUUGUUGAAGUAACGUUUGAUUUACAAGAGGACGACACAAUUGUCCUUCGGAGCGUGGAGCCAGCAGCAACUGUUAUUAACAUAGAAGAUGGAGGUGCAUCAUCAACUGGAGCUGAAACUCCGGUCUCUGCAUCAGUUUCGAGAUCGCCAUCGUCGAUGAGGCGAAGUUCAUCCAAUAAGCUGUUACAAUUUUCUCAGGAGUUGAAAGCGGAGGCUGUAGCGAAGGCGAAACAGUUUUCGCAGGAGUUGAAGGCUGAGCUGAGGCGGUUUUCUUGGAGUCAUGGACAUGCUGCUAAAGUUUUAUCUUCUAACGGUAACGGCAACGGUGGAGGAUUUGAAUCUGCUUUAGCUGCUCGUGCUUUGAGAAAGCAACGAGCUCAGCUUGAUCGGACUCGCUCCGGUGCUCACAAAGCAUUGCGUGGAUUGAGGUUUAUGAGUAAUAGUAAAACUAAUGCAUGGAAUGAAGUCCAAAGUAAUUUUGAUAAGCUUGCUAAAGACGGUUUUCUUUAUCGCGCUGAUUUUGCUCAAUGCAUAGGAAUGAGAGAUUCUAAAGAGUUUGCACUUGAAUUGUUCGAUGCAUUGGGCAGGAGACGAAGAUUGAAAGUUGAUAAGAUUAGCAGAGAUGAACUUUACGAGUUUUGGUCUCAAAUUACUGAUCAAAGCUUCGAUUCUCGUCUCCAGAUCUUCUUCGACAUGGUGGACAAGAAUGAUGAUGGUAGAAUUACUGAGGAAGAAGUAAAAGAGAUCAUAAUGCUAAGUGCAUCUGCAAACAAAUUGUCGCGAUUAAAGGAACAAGCAGAAGAAUAUGCAGCUUUGAUUAUGGAAGAGUUGGACCCUGAAAGACUUGGCUACAUUGAGCUGUGGCAAUUGGAAACUCUUCUUCUCCAAAAGGACACGUAUCUAAACUACAGUCAAGCACUAAGCUACACCAGCCAAGCUUUGAGCCAAAACUUACAAGGGCUAAGAAAGAGAGGCCCGAUAAGGAGGUUAAGCAAACAACUAACCUACUUUUUGCAAGAGAAUUGGAGAAGAAUUUGGGUUUUGGCAUUGUGGUUCAUGAUAAUGAUUGGCUUAUUCACAUGGAAAUUCGUUCAGUACAAGCAAAAAAAUGCUUUCCGUGUCAUGGGUUAUUGUCUCCUAACAGCAAAAGGUGCAGCGGAGACAUUGAAGCUAAACAUGGCAAUUAUCCUUUUACCAGUUUGCAGAAAUACCAUCACUUGGCUCAGGUCCACAAGAUUGGGUUACUUCGUGCCCUUUGACGACAACAUCAAUUUUCACAAGACUAUUGCAGCAGCAAUUGUAAUUGGUGUAAUUCUCCAUGCUGGAAACCACCUUGCCUGUGAUUUUCCAAGGCUUAUAAACUCAUCUGAUCGAGACUAUAACGAUUAUCUAAGUGAUGACUUUGGAGGACAUAAACCAUCAUAUGCUAAAUUGGUUAGAGGAGUUGAGGGUGUGACUGGAGUUCUAAUGGUUAUCUUCAUGGCAAUUGCAUUUACACUAGCAACACGAUGGUUUAGACGAAGUCUCAUUAAGUUUCCAAAACCCUUCGAUAGGCUGACUGGGUUUAAUGCAUUUUGGUACUCACAUCACCUGUUUGUCCUUGUUUACAUCCUGCUCAUCAUCCAUGGUGUAUGCCUCUAUUUAGUGCAUAAAUGGUACCUAAAGACGACAUGGAUGUAUCUUGCUGUUCCAGUUUUACUAUAUGCUGGAGAAAGAGCCCUGAGAUUUUUUCGUUCUGGCUUUUACGCUGUCCAACUUCGGAAGGUUGCAAUUUAUCCUGGAAACGUGCUCACGUUGCAAAUGUCAAAGCCUUCCCAAUUUCGAUAUAAGAGUGGACAGUACAUGUUUGUCCAGUGCCCUGCUGUUUCCCCAUUUGAAUGGCACCCAUUUUCCAUUACCUCUGCUCCUGGCGAUGAUUAUCUCAGUGUGCAUAUCAGGCAGCUAGGUGAUUGGACCCAAGAACUUAAAAGGGUAUUCUCUGAGGCUUGUGAACGGCCUGUAGCUGGGAAGAGUGGGCUUCUCAGGGCUGAUGAAACAACCAAAAAAAGCUUGCCAAAGCUCUUAAUAGAUGGGCCUUAUGGUGCCCCAGCACAAGAUUACAGGAAAUAUGAUGUUUUGUUACUGGUUGGUCUUGGAAUUGGAGCAACACCAUUCAUUAGCAUUCUAAAAGAUUUGCUUAAUAACAUUGUCAAAAUGGAGGAGCAGGCAGAUUUGGUCUCAGAUACCAGUAGGACAUCAGAAUUAAGUAUUGGAAGUAAUGAUGGUUCGAGCCACAAUCCAAAACGUAAGAAGACUCUGAAGACCACCAAUGCUUAUUUCUAUUGGGUAACCAGGGAGCAAGGUUCCUUUGAUUGGUUCAAAGGGGUCAUGAAUGAAAUCGCAGAUCUUGAUCAAAGGGGUGUAAUUGAAAUGCACAAUUACUUGACUAGUGUGUAUGAAGAAGGUGAUGCCCGAUCAACCCUCAUUACUAUGGUCCAAGCCCUAAACCAUGCAAAAAAUGGUGUGGACAUUGUCUCUGGCACUAGGGUGCGAACACAUUUUGCAAGGCCUAAUUGGAAAAAGGUUUUGUCUAAAUUAUGUUCCAAGCACUGUAAUGCAAGGAUAGGAGUUUUCUACUGUGGAGCACCUGUCUUGGCUAAAGAACUCAGCAAGCUCUGCUAUGAGUUUAACCAAAAAGGUUCAACCAAGUUUGAGUUCCACAAGGAGCACUUCUAAAGUCAAAAUGUGGGUGUGUAUGUAACUAUUAUUUAUAGUCGCAUUCCCUGAACCUCUUCAACACCUGCACUUGCACAAUAAAUUUUUUUGGGAUAACCCCAUGAAGGGCAUUGUACAGUCUUGGGUAGAAAAAAGGAUAAAGAGGGAAAGCAACAGAAAGAAAAAAAGAUAUAGGUAUAGACAGGCAUCACUUCGUCGUGUAUUUAUUCGUAUAGAAGCACAGCCAGAAAAAUAAUUCUGCCUAAUUUGAGAUGGGUAGGGAUCUCAAUGAUAUAACCCAGGACCAGUUUAGAGGUGACCAGUUGCUAUUGCGAAACCUACAGUGACUGCUGGGAAGGAAGAGUGCGUUACAGCUACAAAAGGGAGGCUGAAAUGAAUAAUUGAUGAGGAUAUGGCCAUAUUAAAUAUGCAUAAUUGGUAGACAUCUAUAGUGGGUACAGAAGAGGACAGUUUUGAAAGGGAGAGUAUGAGGUAGGUCUGUGUGUGGAUCAUGGCGGUGGAGAUUAAAAUGGCUUUAUCUAUUGAAUCUUGCAAAUAUAUUGUUUUCUUUGGAAGUGGAGUGGGCUAAAGAGAAUCCUUCUAGAAUGUCAAUGCUGGCAGCAGUCCCUAGCUCCAUUCCAAGUGAAAUUGUCAUAGUAUUUACUUGAUUAUAACAAGAAAAUUAUGUAAAUGGUAUUCAUGCUUUUCUUUUUCUUUUGGUCUUUGUAACUUUUUCUAAUUACGCCUUAGAAAAUCUUGGUCAGGGAAUUGUUCGAGAGAGGGAAUACAACUAGUUUCGUAUUGAAUAUUAAGGAAUUGGGACACCAUUGGAAACUAAAUGGAUCCAAUUCCUUCGCGAAUAGAUUUUGCAUUGAUGAAAAUUGUAACGCAUUUGAUAGCUUAUAUCUAAAAUGUCUUCUUUUUUUUUUCUUCA